GAGACAGUUUUAGAAGCACUGCAUUAUUUGAAGCACAUGUGCCAAAACAAAACAAUUUCGCCGACAUUCAAUUCGAAUUUAGUUGUCAUUAAAAAAUAGAAGUGCAACAUUAGCAUGCAAGUGGAGAAUCUGCAUACUUCAGUGGCCUGCAACCGCUGCACGGAAUGCGCGGAUUGGGGUCCAAAUGGUUGGAUUGCCUAUGGGGCAUGUAACGCCAUAGCCAUUAUGGAUCCAAAGUUUCAAGGCAACUCAGCCAAGGUCCUGUUCACGCUGGUGGAGCACACAAAGCGAGUAAACACUGUGAGGUGGUUGGAUUGCGACAAACUUCUUUCCGGCGGAGAUGAUGCAAUUGCUAUUCUCUGGGAACUGGAUGAAACGGGAACGACUAAGAGCUUCACUCUCAAAGGACACACAAGUGGCGUAAAUACUGUGGAUGGAAUUCGCCAACAGGAUGGCUCCUGGCUUUUGGCGACCGCAGCAGCAGAUACCACCAUCAAGUUGUGGACUUUCCAGGAUAAUAAUUAUGUGUGCUUUCAAACCAUAUCUUUAUCCGACGGAUUCUGCUUCUGUCUUCGACUGCAGCUGCUGCCCAAGAGCAACCAGGUUCUGCUCGCCUUCAGUGGCGAUGACGAGACUGUUUCCCUGUGGUCGGAACAGGUAGAAACCGCAGGUGAAGGAGAUUCACUAGGUCGGCAGUUCCAACGCAAACACAAGCUCACUGGCCACGAAGACUGGGUUCGAGGUCUGGAUUUCGUUGUCGAUGGCGAGGAUUUGCUGCUGGCCAGUGGCUCUCAGGAUAACUUUAUUCGUCUCUGGCGGAUUGCGCCGCGCAGCAAAGAGCAAAUGCAAGAGAAUCGGGUUGAUCUGCAUCAAUUGAGCCACAACGACGAUGAGAUAAAGGUGGAGGAGAAGAUACUACAACUGGGGAAAGAAGCCUGGUAUGCAGUGAGCUUGGAAUCGGUUCUAUAUGGACAUGAGGGAUGGAUUUAUGGGGUCCACUGGCACAAAACACCCGAUCAAGAGCUCCGCCUUCUAUCCGCUUCUAUUGACAAGACCGUCAUAAUUUGGGCACCUACGGAAGAAGGCAUUUGGUUGGAAGAAGUUCGCGUGGGUGAAGUGGGUGGAAACUCCGUGGGCUUCUAUGGUGGAAAGUUCUCCGGCGAUGGACACUCGAUCAUGGCCCACAGCUACCAAGGUGGCUUUCAUAUUUGGAGCCAAGAUCCAGAUCGGCCACAGCUCUGGACCCCAGGUGUCAUCGUUGGUGGUCAUUAUGGCGAAGUGAGGGAUCUGGCUUGGGAACAUAGCGGCGCCUAUUUGAUGACCGCGUCUGCAGACCAAACAACUCGACUGCACGCUCCGUGGCUACAGGAUGGAGCUAAUCCCACGUGGCACGAGCUGGCUCGUCCACAAAUUCAUGGAUAUGAUAUGCAGGCGUUGGCUUUGCUUUCACGUUAUAAAUUUGCCAGCGGAGCUGAGGAAAAGAUUGUGCGCACUUUUCAAGCGCCAGCCAACUUCAUUGAAAACUUUCGUCACAUCAGUGGGAUAGAAAAUGACGAUGCGGGAGACGUUCUGCUGGAUUCUCUUCCCAAAGGAGCUUCCGUGCCUUCUUUGGGAUUAUCCAACAAGGCUGUCUACAAGGUAGAUUCUGAAGUGGAGUCGACCAGCAAGACCAGUAAAGACGAAUACCCUGACAAUUACUUUGUGCCUAUUGCUCUGGAAACACCACCGCAGGAAGAGACUUUAAUGCAGAAUACACUUUGGCCCGAGCUGCAGAAGCUUUAUGGCCAUGGCUACGAAAUCUUUGCACUAGCUGCCACUGCAGAUGGUUCCCUCUUGGCCUCCACUUGCAAAGCCAGCAAUGCCGAGCAUGCUCAGAUUAUAUUAUGGAACCCUUCAAACUGGAAGCAAAUACAGAAGCUGAGUGGACACCAGUUGACAGUGACCCAACUUAGUUUCUCCCCCGAUUCGCGAUAUCUGCUAUCAGUGUCCCGGGAUCGUCGCUGGUGUCUCUACGAGAGGCAGGAUUCCUCAGUAAGCUAUCAACUGGUGGCCAGCACUGACAAAUCCAAUGGAGUUCAUACACGCAUCAUUUGGUCGUGUGAUUGGUCGCAUGAUGGUCAGUUCUUUGUGACGAGCUCAAGGGAUGGAAAAGUAGUGGUUUGGAAAAAGGAAGAAGACUGCAAGGAGUCUUCGCUAAAUGGCUGGCAGGCGAAUGGAGUUUUAGAACUUAAAAAUGAGUCAAUCACAGCCGUGGCUUUUUCCAAUUCUUAUCUUAGUGGUACAGAUGACACAUACAUUCUUGCUUUGGGCACGGAAACCGGACUGAUAAAAAUAUAUCAGUUUGUUCGAGGAGCAUGGAAGUUACUAAGCGAUUUGAAUAAGAGCCAAGCUCAUCAUCUCACCGUUCGACGUCUGCAGUUCCGCCCGGGAAAACAACUCCAGCUUGCGAGUUGUGGUGAGGAUCAUCUGGUACGCAUCUACGACAUUAAGCUCACAUGAGUUUAGCUCCAUAUGCAUUAAAGUAGUCUUAUUAACUCC